AUGGGGCGUGGCCGGACGUCGAACGGAGAUGGCAGCACAUUGAAAGAGCUCCGCAGUUUUGGGCUCCUAAAAGCGGCUAAAAACUUACAAUUAGGCGGAUUCCCGGACACCAGACACACCAACACGAUGUUUCAACACCGCACUAAAAAAGCUGCAGAAACCAAAGACAAAGCGGCUUUCUUCGCGGCCAGAACGCCGCAACACAAGCACACCGAUACUCACACCCAAGAUGGCGUCGAGUCUGAUCCUGAUGCCGACCACAUGGGCGCACAAGAAUACAGAACGGACACCCUGCUAACUACUCAUCUACUGCAGAAAAUGCUUGAUGCAGCAGUCUCAAAAAUGCAAGUAACAAUCACAUCUGCACUUGCUGACAUAAAGACAGAUAUUACUGUCAUAGACGCAAGGACAUCCCAACUGGAGGGAAAGAUGGAGGAUAUUGACACAGCACACACGGCGAUUGACAACAGACUGAGCGAAAUGGAAAAAAGACUAUCCCUACAUGAGGCUAAGCUUACAGAUGUAGAGGACAGAUCCCACCGACACAACAUCAGACUGCAGGGAGUGCCAGAGGAGGUGGGAACACGACUUAACGGCCUUCACGGUGGAAUUCUUCCGACAUGUCUUACCAGACAUACCAACAGACAUGCUCCUAUUAGAUCGAAUACACCGAAUCCCCAAACCACAACACCUACCGACUGCCACGCCAAGAGACGUGCUCAUGAAGCUCCAUUACUUUCACGUAAAAGACCAGAUACUUCGCGCCCAUAG